AUGGCGCUCUUCUGGGGCAUACUCGCACUGUGCAAGCAGAACAAGCAGUCUCUCGAGGCGCUAGCCAGAACCAGCCCUGGUCGUGUGAGGUUCAACAGCAACAAUGACAUACUAGGCACGGGGCCUGACGGAGAGGGUAUGGACCUCGUGGGAAAGGCUAUGAUGCCCGUUAGAGAGCUGACAAGGGUGUUCAAUGGCAUACGGAACGGAGCGUACACGUCGGAGUGUAUGGUACACGAGUCACAUGGAACACCAUCCUGGUCAGGCCUGCACAACACUCCAGACGACACCGACAGUAUGGCACUUCUAGACUGCACAGAGAAGUGA